AUGUCUGCAUCGACUACUGCCCGUUUUCUCAGCAUGGGCUCCAUGUACUGCGCCGUUUGCGGGGCGUGGAUGCCGCAGCAGAAGAGUUUAACGUCACCGCCACCAGUGAUGUGGUGCCAGCAAUGUGGGACGUACCACCAACAAAACAACAACAACAACAGCGGCGAUGGUGUUUAUGAGACGUCCACAGGCAGCGCAAGCAACAACACCGCUGCUGCAUUGCUGUUUACGCCGAAAGAAGUUCGUGCCGCGCAGGCUGAGGUGAUGAUGGCACGGGCAAAGGCAGGCACAACCGUAGGAACGGCGGUCGGCAGCACACAUGUUGACAACCGCGUCUUGGAGGAGGCAUUUUGUGGCACAUGUGGUGUACACCGCCAGUGCAAAGUGUUUGCACGUCAAAUACGAAGCGCAGAUGAGGGGCAGACAAUAUUUUAUCAGUGCAUAACGUGUAAUGCGGAGUGGCAACUCAAUUCUUAA